AUGUCAAUUGCAGGUCAAAUCCAACAACGACUGUUGCCAAUAAAACUUACAGCCAAGUUUGUUGCUGACUGUAUCACCUAUUUGCAGAUGUCGAAACCACAAAUUCUGGGAAAUAUCGACACAAUGACCCAAUACGUAUACAACACAUUUUUGAAUUCGAUGAUCUCCACGUGCUGCUCUUCGUUUCUCCCAGACUUCUCGUUCGACACCAAAGAGGAAAAACUAGACAUAGCAGUGUUACAAAUCAAUGAGUACACAGAUGUGUCUGCGUCAGUCGAUGAUGCUUUUAAAGAAACGAAAAACAGAAUGAUGAAGCUCGCGUUGACAGACGGAAUGAAAAUUGUAUAUGCGUUUGAGCACUCUCAUGUGAAUGGACUAUGUUUGGGAAUUAAACCUGGGGCCAAGAUAGUGUUGAGGAAUGUGAAAGUACGAAGAGGGUAUUUGUGUCUCGACAACACGAAUUGCCAACUAUUAGGUGGAGAAGUUGAGGAGCUUGUGAAAUUGGAACAAAUGAAAAGGGCUGCGUUGGAUAAGAAAUACAGACCUUCAUACGUUCCUUUGUCAGUCAAAAGAACAGAACAAGUUCCUUUGGGACAAGUAGAUCCAGACGAAGACGACCAAUAA